GUGGCUCAAAAGACCACGGCGGUGAAGCCACCGUUGAAAAAUUAUGAUUCAAUUUAUUGAAAAAUUGUGAUACAUUUUCUCUGGCCGUUGAACCUAGAAAAUGUAGUCAAUUUGGUUACAACGGUGGUCAGAGGGACCCCAAAAAUUUAUUUCUUCACAUUAUACAAGAGAAGACAAUUGAUUUCUGAGAACCUUUCGAAUAUAUUUACUGGUUCUACACAGCACUCUUCAAAGAUGGUUCUGCGUUUCUCAACGAUGAUUCUAUGGUUCUCAUCGUUGGUUCCACAAGGAGAAGGUUUUUGGUUCUGAAGUACCAUGAUAUAGCGGCAUCGUUGAUACCGUGCGUUCCGCGCUCGACUGCCGGAUUCGUAGAAGAACGGUGCUAGGCAGUUUAGUUUGCGACAUGGCUUUGCUUGAUGAAAAUAUCUAUAAACAACAUAUUCUUCAAAACAUUCACCUGAAAAUACUUAGGAGGUGUUACCUGUGCUUCAAAUACAAAGGAGAAAACCCAUUUUUCGAGACAUUUACCGAAAGCUCAUUGAUAGCAAGAGAUUCCAAUGAAUCAAAUGGAGAGCAACCCUGGUACAGCAGUUGGACUACAGGUCCAAAAAAUACACGAGGAAAUGAUGACACAUUUAGAAGCGAGGACCCAAACGAAACAAGACGCGACUGCAACUUGAGUGACGUCAGAGACCACGCUGAUUUAAACGAUUGCAGUGACGUAGGGAAUUCAAACUACGUCAGAGGUAACAACGUACAUGGCGUCAUGGACGAUAACAAAGACGUCAGGUACGACGACAAAGUUGAUGACGGCAGCAUCGAAGGAAGACGAACACCAUCGACAUGUCUGCGCAGCGGGCUGAAGAAACGUCUCUCGAGCUUCGUGCUGCUGGUCACCGUCCUGCUGGCAGGUCUGCCCAGUGGCAUCGCGAGGGGCGGUAAGGGCGCUAAGGGCGCCGGUGGAGGGGCGACGCGGUAUGGCUUCAGAGGCGUGCACAACGCGGCCGCGUAUGAGAUGACAUGGGAAGACAUCGUGCUGGCCAUGCAGCUCUCAGCGAUGUGUUUUGGGGCUCUGAUCGCCCUGUGCAUCGUCACCUGCUGCGCGUACAAGAUUUGUGGCCCCGCUGAAGAAGAGGACUUUAGGAGCUACAGACCAGCCUUCAGACAGCCUCGAAUUCCACCGGAACUAUAUAGGGAAAUCUACACACUACCUGGCGCAGGGCAAGAGAAACCCCUGAUGGACAGUGGGGACGCACCUCCAGGAUCGAUGACGCCACAUUUAGGAGGUGGCGUCGUCGACGAUCCUUCUGGACUGCUGAACGGCAGAGGUAGGACCGCUGGAGGCCGUCUGGUGGGGGGCACAGGACGUGCUGGCGUGGCCCCCAGACUGGCUCAGCACCUUCACAACAGCUCUCUGGAUCUCACGUGUCCACCAGGUGGUGUACCGUCUGAUAGAGCUCUGUCUGAGCCUCGUCAGAACCCCGUCUAGCACGCGCAGCCCCGCCCCCCGAACACAACACCUCCUCUACUACACUCAGCAUCUGCUCCUUCCAUCGCAUUGCCCUCAUCACUGCCGCCCAUCCAAGAAGACAGUCCUAGACUACACGAAAUUGAACAGCUAAAUGCCCGCCAUCCAAUUAGUACUAUCGUGGCUCAAAGAGGUGGUCAUCCUUCGUCAGCCACUAUUAGUUUUUCAAAUAGCACUCCUGAAUAUCUGCAUCAUCUAACACGAUCACCUUCAUCGCCUAGAAUAUUUACUUUCAAUACCAGUUCUAUCUUAGACAUCACUUCAUCCAAUGUUUGCACGACGACCAUGAACACGAUCGCAGUAAUGCCACCGCAUUUAGUGACCACACCGCAGGUUUCAGCGACUCUUUCGACAGGGUCGCAUUCUUUAUAUUCCCCCAUGACGGUGCCAUCAGUUUCGCAAAUGACGCUUACGCAGCGAUCAUUGACGCCAGACAAAAGAGGUAAAACUACCAACACUCCUCCGCCUGCUCCUUGUCUUUUACCUCACUUGCUACUCAAGCAUUGCCUCGCUGAUUCAAGUUUCAAGUUUCUGAGAUCUAGAUCCUUAUUUAGGCCGCUUCCAACUCCUACGCCUCCUCCGCCACCUCCACCAAGGCU